UACGGCGGUCACAAGUCUCUCAUUUCCUUGGCGUAGCUUUCGACUCAUAUUACGUUUUCUCGAGUCAGAACAGUCUCUCACCCUCUCCGUGUCUCGCUCGCUUGCUUUGCUUGCUUGCUGUCUCUCUGCGUCUCUCUCUCUCUCUGAUGGCACAAGCAACUCAAGCUAGUCUCCUUCUUCAAAAACAGCUUAGGGAUCUUUGCAAAAAUCCUGUCGAUGGAUUCUCGGCUGGCUUGGUUGAUGAUAGUAACAUUUUCGAAUGGAGCGUUACUAUUAUUGGACCCCCUGAUACUCUGUAUGAUGGAGGUUAUUUCAAUGCCAUCAUGAGUUUUCCACACAAUUACCCUAACAGCCCACCCACAGUGAGGUUUAUCUCGGAGAUGUGGCAUCCUAAUGUUUAUCCAGAUGGACGAGUAUGCAUAUCAAUUCUUCAUGCUCCUGGUGAAGACCCCAAUGGAUAUGAGCUCGCAAGUGAGCGCUGGACACCAGUACAUACGGUUGAAAGCAUUGUGUUGAGCAUCAUUUCCAUGCUGUCAAGUCCUAAUGAUGAAUCUCCAGCAAAUAUUGAAGCAGCAAAAGAUUGGAGGGAGAAGAGGGACGAAUUCAAGAGGAAAGUAAGCCGUUGUGUGAGACGGUCGCAAGAAAUGUUGUGAUCAUAUGCCGCAAAAGGUGGAAACCCAGUUAUUUACUUGUUUGUCUUGAAAUCUUAUUUAUUACAUUGGAGAACUGGUUAAUCAUCUUGUGGUAUGUUGGUCAUGUGGAAUUUCCAUUUGAAAUUCUUGCGACCAACAAACUUGGCAGUUCUCAUGUAACUUUGGAACUUCUGUAUUUAAACGGGUCUGAUCAGUUUGUUCUGAUAACCUACUAUGAUUAGUGAGAGUAGUUAAAGUUUCUUAAGUUGAUCAUGGUUCUUUUCCCCUAUCGCUGGAGACAGCUCUGAGAAAUAAACUCUCUUGGG